CGACUCCAAACCAUGGAUGAGGUCAAUUCGAACACUCGGAAAAACGAGAAUGGAAACAAAGAUCGUAAUCUACGCGAAAAAGUUUUGAAUCCCUUCAAGAGAUGCCCACCUCCCGUACCAAAAUACCAAAAUCCAUUUCCAAAGCAGGACAUUGGCUGGCUCAACAGGCUUGUUUUCCAAUGGAUACAGCCGAUCAUAACGACGGGGUUCAAACGACCAGUGAAUUUCAACGACGUCUGGCUAGUUGACGAAGAGCAAAGCUGCGAGGUUCUCGUAAAAGAACUCGACGCGUCACUCCUGCGCCGUCGCAAAAGCGGUACUAGACGACCUCUGCUAUGGGCGCUCUACGACAUCUUCAAGUGGCAAUUUCUUCUAGGGGGCUUCUAUCAUCUGGCGCAAUCGAUCUCUAACGUCAUGUCUCCUUUCCUCAUGAGAUACCUGAUUUUGUUUGCGCAGAAGACAUGGAGAGCGCAUCAGACUCCAGGGGAAGCUCCGCCGCCCGUUGGUCAAGGGAUUGGCAUUCUUAUCGGGCUUUUCGCAUUGGGUAUAGCUCGGUCUGUGUGCAGCAAUCAUUUCCAACAUUAUGGGGCUCUUGUAGGAGCGCAGUCGAGGACUGCGCUUAUCGGUGCCAUCUACAAUAAGACAUUGAAGCUGUCUGGACGGGCGCGUGCAGGUGGUGAGGCAGCAGAAGUCAAACUAGCGACCACUCCACCAUCGACAACGGACGCCAAAAAGCCGAAAUUCGGGCCGAAAUGGAGGGUUCUUGGUCUUUCGAAGGAAAUGAGCAAACUAGCAACAGUUUCUCGAGAAUACCCUAAUGGUGCAAUCAUUAACCUCAUGUCAACAGAUACUUAUCGCAUCGACCAGGGACUCGCAUUGUUCCAUAUGCUAUGGGGUUCCCUGUUCAGCAUCCUUCUCACACUUGUACUACUGAUCAUCAAUCUUAGCUACUACGCGUUGGCUGGGUUUAGCCUCCUCUUGAUCCUCGCCGUCGUUUUGACACGCACCGCGCAGAGCUUCAUGAAGCGUCGAGUAGCAAUCAACAAAAUCACCGACCAGAGGGUCAGUCUCACAUACGAGAUAGUUCAGGCUGUGCGUUUGAUCAAGUACUAUUCUUGGGAAACGCCCUUCCUCGACCGCAUCAACGUCAUUCGACAGCAGGAGAUUGCUUCCCUCCAAUUACUCAUGGCUAUCAAAAACUUCGUUAAUGCCACGUCUGCUUCUGUACCGGUUUUCUCAUGUAUUCUGUGCUUUGUAGCAUACUCGAAAAAUAAUAUUCUAGAGCCUGCAUCCGUGUUUUCUUCGGUGGCCCUCUUCAAUGGACUGCGGUUGCCUCUGAAUAUUCUUCCAACUGUAAUGAGCCAAGUCAUUGACGCGAUCAGCUCAAUCGAAAGGAUAAGUGAAUAUCUCGGUGCCGAGGAGAUUUCUCAGGGUUCUAUCUGGGAUGCCACCGCAAAUCAUGCGAUCGAGGUCCAGUGCGGCAACUUCACGUGGGAGCAAAGUCAAUGUGGAGACACCGGUAACGCCAAAGGCACCAAAACGCCGGCCAAUGGCAGUCCGACCGCAUUCCAAGAGCCGUUCAGAGUAGCAGAUGUCAAUCUCACCAUUCUACGGGCCGAGCUCGUGGCCGUCAUUGGCACCGUAGGGGCCGGCAAAAGCUCUCUUCUAUCAGCUUUAGCUGGUGAGAUGAGAAAAACCGCUGGAUCCAUCACAAUCGGUUCUACACGCCGCGCUAUCUGUCCAGAACAACCGUGGAUCCAGAAUGCAACAUUGCGAGCCAAUGUCUUAUUUGGGAGGCAGUGGGACGCUGCGUUGUAUGAGAACAUCAUUGAUGCAUGUGCCCUUCGGGAGGACAUAAAUCUUCUCGUGAACGGCGACUUGACAGAGAUUGGCGAGCGAGGAAUCACGCUUUCAGGGGGUCAAAAACAACGGGUUAGCAUUGCGCGCGCGAUGUAUUCCAAUGCUGAUCUCCUUCUUUUUGACAGUCCUUUCUCUGCGGUCGAUGCUCAUGUUCGACAUCAUAUUCUUGAAAAUGCUAUUUGCGGCCCGUUAUUGAAGGAUAAGACACGAAUAGUUGCGACUCAUCAACUCGAUAUUCUUCAUCGAUGUGAUCGCAUUCUGUGGAUCGAAGAUGGUCGACUGGUGGCGAAUGACACGUUCCCCAAUCUUAUCCAGUCCAAUGAGGCUUUUGCAAAACUUCUCACGACGAAUUCCACGACCGUUGAUAAUCGGUCAAUGCCCACUGAGGAAAUCAAAAACGUUGAUGCCGGAGUCCAAACAGGCGAAAGAAAGAAGACAAAGGAGAAAUCGAAGACUUUGAUGGCUAACGAAGAGCGCGUGGUCAAACCAGUAUCCUGGAAUGUAUAUGACUCGUAUGCCAAAGCGGCGGGAGGCUAUACAAGAGUACUGUUCUUGUUUGUGCUUUUAGUUUUGUCACAAGCAUCAGCGAUUGCUACAACGUUAUGGUUGGCAUUUUGGACAGCACAGAGAUGGAGCUUCCCUCUCGGUAUACGAGCUGCAGUGUAUCUAAGUCUUGGAAUCUUGCAGAUCCUGACUGUAUUUCUGUUCGCGUUUGGCAUUUCCACCUUCGGAACUCGAGCCAGCAGGAAUAUGCUUCACAGUAGUCUGGAUAGGGUACUCCAUGCACCCAUGACAUUCUUCGAUACAACCCCCACUGGUCGAAUCACCAACCGGCUCUGCAAAGACAUAGAUAUCAUGGAUAACAACUUGACUGAGUCACUUCGUGCCUUAUUUACUACGGUUGGGAUCGUCGUGGGUACCUUGGUUCUUAUCACAGCGUACUUUCCCUAUUUCGCAAUACCCACUGUUCCGCUCCUUUUGGUCUGUUACUGCACCAUAGCAUACUAUCGAAAUGUAGCCCGAGAUCUGAAACGCCUCGAAGCUAUCCAGAGAAGCUUCGUGUUUACAAGUUUUGGCGAAGUCGUUAACGGAGCAGCAACUAUUCGGGCCUAUGGCGUUGAAAGUCACUUCCUGAGAUCACUAUAUUGCAGAAUAGACGACAUGAACAGUAUCAAUUUCCCGGCACUCGCGAGUCAAAGGUGGCUAGGGAUCCGUCUGGAUGCUGUGGGCAAUGCUAUCAUUUUAAUCGUCGGCCUCCUCAUCAUCCUCCAUCGGUCCGUCGUCAACCCAUCUUUCGUUGGGCUUGUACUUUCACAUCUUCUCGCCGCUGUGCAACUUCUUCAAUUUGGUGCCCGGCAAAUGACGGAAGUGGAAAAUAAUAUGAAUGCUACUGAGCGAGUGCACUACUAUGUCACCCAGCUGGAACAGGAGGAACCAAAAGAACCGCCUCCCCACGUCGUCUCCGAAACCUGGCCAGAUAAAGGUGAAAUUAUCUUCCGCGACAUUCACAUGCGCUAUCGUGAAGGCCUUCCCCUAGUCCUCAAAGACUUCAAUCUUCAUAUAAUGGGGGGUGAACGGAUCGGCAUAAUCGGACGAACAGGCGCAGGGAAAUCCAGUGUCUUAAAUGCCCUCUUCCGCAUGGUAAACCUAUCCAGCGGCACAAUAUCCGUUGACGGCAUCGACAUCACCGAUAUAAGUCUCAAAACACUUCGUUCCCGAAUCUCCAUAAUCCCCCAAGAUCCAGUGCUCUUCCGUGGAACAAUCCGAAGCAAUCUCGAUCCAUUCAACCAACAUUCCGACCACGAGCUCUGGAACGUCCUCCGCCAAGUCAGCGUUACCUCCAACCCUUCAAACAGCAAUGCCAAUCGCAUAACGCCCGAUAGCAUCGUCGACGGGGAAGGCCUUAAUUUCUCGCUCGGACAGCGUCAAUUGUUGACGUUGGCGCGGGCGUUACUACGCCAGAGUCGGAUCAUUGUUUGUGAUGAGGCUACGUCGAGUGUGGAUGGACAGACAGACCAACAGAUUCAGGAAGCUAUGCUGAAAGGCUUUGCAGGGAAAACAUUGCUGUGUAUAGCGCAUAGGCUGAAUACGGUGCUUACGUAUGAUCGCAUUGCGGUUGUGGAGCGUGGGGGAGUUGUGGAAAUUGGUAAGCCGAAGGCGCUUUUCGAGUUAGGUGGGGCUUUUAGGGGAAUGUGCGAUCAGAGUGGUAUCACGAAAGCGGACUUUGGCGUGGGUGAAUGACAGCAUAACAUUAUAUCAAUUUCACGCACCCUUUUUUUUUU